CUACACGCCCCUGGGCUACGAAGACGCGGUUACGUUUCGUGAGACUAGCACUGUGCUUACGAAACGCAGUCGGAGAACAGCUUCACGCUCUCGUUCUUGCUGAUAGUGAGCAACAUCGUCCAACAUGGAGGAUCUCAGUGAAGAUCAGAUCAGCGCGCUGAGGAAGGCCUUCGACUCCUUCGACACGGAGAAGUCAGGCUGCAUCACCGUCGAGACGGUGUCCACCAUCCUGCGUAUGAUGGGGCUCAAGGUCACUGAGAAGGCCCUUAAUGAGAUUGUCGAGGAGGUCGACGAGGAUGGUUCCGGCGAGCUUGAGUUCGAGGAGUUCUGUAUCCUGUCAGCCAAGUUCCUGAUUGAGGAGGACGAGGAAUCCUUGAAGGAGGAGCUCAAGGAAGCCUUCAGGAUAUACGACAAAGAGGGAAAUGGCUACAUCACCACGCAGGUGCUCAAGGAGAUCCUUAAGGAGCUGGACAACAGGCUCUCCGCCGAGGACAUCGAGGGCAUCGUGGAUGAGGUCGAUGAGGACGGUUCAGGAACCCUCGACUUCGAUGAGUUCAUGGAGAUGAUGACCGGAUAAAUUUUUUUGCAUGGCCAUGCCACUAUAUGGCCAUGCCACUAUAUGGCCAUGCCACCAUCAUUCACCUGUCGUCGAAGUCUACUCUGUUGCCACAUUUCCGGUCUUGAAAUCGCGCUAUUUUUGAAAGACGCCAAGCUUUGUAAUUUGGUUAUCCUUUCAUAUUUCAACCCUUAUCCAUAGCAGUCUCAUUAACUUACGCUACUCAUCUUUGUCUACGUCAAAAUUAGAACAUUUUCCGAAGCUCAUAAACUUGCUCUAGUCAUCUUACUCUGCGUCAGCUAUAGCAAAUGUUAUUCUUACCGGAAUCGCAUUUAGUUAUAAUUAAUAUUAUUUUGUGUUGUCUCCAUUACGGGCUGAAAACUCAUUCCUUUUUGUUAUGUUCGACUGCUGAAAUAUAGCGAGCAUCCUUAGUUACUUCUCAGGAUUCGAUUAUUAAAAAAAUUGCCGGGUUAAGUUGAUAAAUAAAUGCUAAUUUUGA